UGACUUGUUGGUGACUCUGUUAUUGAUCGUCAGUCUGUUUGAGAAAGGAAGCUCUCAUAAGAACAGAAAGUCAUCAAAGCAGCAAAUAAGCACGGCGAUGUCCCGGCCAAAGCGCCCCGUGAAUGGGCGUAUUUCUGUGCACACUUGUGAUAUCCUGGACGAGCUACUGGACGAUAAGGAUAAACAUGAGAUAGCGAAGGAUCAUCACAGACGAGCGGCUUCGGCGUCUUCAGUCGAGAGAACGAAGUCUUUGGGCGAUCACUCGGAAGUAAGGGCUGCCAGCGCUAAGUCAGCUUGUCCUUCCGACCACACGUUUAGAAUACAGAGUUGGCUGAACGAAAAAUCCGUCCGAAAUAUCCAGGAAAGGACCGACUUUGAAUCACGGGCGACUAAAAACAUGUACACGACACUUCUGGACAACGAGAAUACGUUCGUCAAGGAUGUGGAUAACUUCAUUGAUCACAAAGCAGCUCUCGAUAAAAGAAAGAAGCAGAUGUUAUUUAAGAAAUGGAGUGAACGUGUGUACAGCCCUGUCAAGGAAAAAAUAGAUCAAGAAAUGGAUGGUCCAAAUUACAGACACUUAGACAGAAGGAAAAGAGAUAUCUACAAAAAAUAUCUAGAUUACAGUAAUAGAAAAGGUGUUGUGUUCCUGGAUGUGAUGUCCCCUGAGGAAUACGAUCCACUUGUUCUUAAUGCAAACAGACCUGCUCCACUGAAGGCAAUAACAAGGAAGCUAAAUGAUCCACUGAUAUCACAAGGAAGCACAAGGCUUGAAGAGGAUCGUACUGUAGUGAGAUGCGUCACUGGAGACACAAUGAGUGACAAAGAAAUAGGAGAAAUGCGCCUCCCUCCUGCUCCCUUGGUGCCUCUUGGACGACACGGCACUGAGUGUAAUACAUGGCUUAGAAUGCAACUACAUGAUAUUGACAGUGGUGUCAGGAGAAGAAGCGGGCAACGAAUGAAAGGAAUCUACAACGACUCACAACUAGACUAUGAAGAAUGGAGUAAACUGGAGAGGAAUCCAGAUACAAUUGAUGUUGAGUUAAGAUCACAAAAGAGACGGCUUUUUAGAGAAAAACAUUCAACUACAAUUCAGUUUGACUGGCCAGAACUCCCAACCAUUAAACAGAACACGACAUACCACCCACGGAUACCAAAUGUUCUGCCACUUGGUACCAGUUUUGAGUAUUACCCUGAACUGCGGCUUAAUGCAUCAUAUUGAUGAGCACAAUGAUUUUAUAAAUAAAGCAUUUUAUUGAAAGAGAAUAGGGCAGAUGUUUCUAAUUCAAAUGUGAAUUUGUAAUGUUGUUAAAUUUAUCAACCCCUAAAUAGUUUCACAGUGAAAUAAUUUUAGAUGUUUUCAAUUCAAUUAAAGAUCAAUUUCAUUAAGAAUAAUUUUUUCUAGGUUGAAUGGACACUACUUAUUAUCUCCUUUUGUCACUUGGCUACGAUAUUUAUGUCAUUUGUGAAUAAUACUAUCUCAGAACUUCUAGGAAUUUGUAUCAAAGAUGUUUGUCACUGAAAAUAAAGGUUGUGAAAAAAAAA